AUGGUUCCGUUGCAUGCUCCAGCCUCUGAAAAUCCGUUACACAUCAUCCCAAUUCCAGCUUCGACCAAACUACACGGCGACUAUGAUGACGGAAAUGGAUUCUCUGGCUUUAGCUUAUCAUCAAACACCGUUAUCUACCAUCAUAGCCACGAUUUGGCCUCCUGUGCUGCGAGAUUAUCACGCACAUUGAACUGCUCCAACUCUGUCCACUACGCUGCUGGAGAAUCAGACAAGAUAAAAUCAUCUCGUACCAGUAAUUUUACCGACAUUAAUUCUCAAGUCCUGCCUCAUGGAAUCCAUUUGAUUCUACUACUGCCACCCUCCAAUCGUGACAACCACAACACAGCUCACAACAACCCAAAGGACGAUGAGGCCUAUGAGCUGAGUGUCGUCGAUGCCAAUACCAUAACUAUAGUAGCAUGUGGAGCUGCUGGUGUAUUCUACGGGUGUACCACUCUGGAUCAGAUGUUGUCAACUGCUGCAACUAUUCCUCGAGUCACUAUCAUGGACUUCCCAAAGGUGGAAUGGAGAGGCUGUCAUUUGGAUUGCAGUCGUCACUUUAUGGAAAUUGACUUCAUCAAGAGAUUUUUGGAAGUACUAGCCUACCACAAGAUCAACCGAUUCCACUGGCAUCUGAUUGACGACCAAGGUUGGAGACUCGAGUCUCUAUCAUAUCCAAACCUGACAGAAAUAGGCGCUUGGAGAGAUGAUGCUGAAAAUCCAGGCAAUAAAUAUGGAGGUUACUACACGCACGAUCAAGUUCGUGAGGUUUUGGCAUUGGCUCAGAACCUUCAUAUUGAGGUUAUACCCGAGAUCGAAUUGCCAGGACAUUGUACAGCUGCUCUUGCUAGCUAUCCUGAUUUGGGAUGUACUGGUGGCCCAUAUAAAGUAGCUAAUCGGUGGGGUAUAUACGAGGAUGUGUUUUGUGCCGGAAACGAAAACGUCUUUACCUUCCUUGAAAGUGUCUUAUCCGAAGUCGCGGAACUCUUUCCGUCAAAAUACGUACACAUUGGUGGUGAUGAAUGUCCAAAAACACGAUGGGACGGGUGCCCUCGAUGCCAAAAGAGAAUCGUGGACAAUGAUUUGGCCAAUUGUGAAGAAUUACAAGGCUGGUUUGUCAAAAGGGUUGCUAGUAUUUUGAGGAAGAAGGGGAAGGUUGUUAUUGGUUGGGAUGAGAUUCAUGAAGGAGGAUUGCCUGAAGGUGCUGUCGUGCAAAGUUGGAGAGAUUGGAGUGGUGCAAUUGAUGCAGUUCGACUCGGUCAUCAAUCAAUAACGUCACCUGUGUCGCACUGCUAUUAUGAUUGGGGCAUAAAAUACAUCAACCUAGAGAAAGUAUACUCGUUUGAUCCAGUACCCCGUGGUCUCUCCGCCGAAGAAGAAGCACUUAUAUUGGGCUCUGAAGCAUGCAUGUGGACUGAAUUCGCUACCAGAAAGGAUGUAUUUGGCAAGGUGUUUCCUAGGCUAUUGGCUCUCUCUACCAAAAUGUGGACACCGAGGUCGACAACUGAUUUGAUUAGCUUUUCUGAUUUCUUUGAAACGGUUACCAUGUAUCAUAUCCCGAGAUUGAAGAAGAUGGGCGUUGAAGUCUCGGAUGGGAUGUGUGAUUCGUUGAAGGCUCGGCCCUGA